CGCUGAUCUACGAGUACCACUUUCAUAGUUGCCUAAGAUCCGCCGCUGAUACAAGCAACAGAGUUUCCCCCCUUCCCACCUCACAACGGCCAAAAUGACCACCUCUGUCAACCCCCUCCUAACAACCCUCCUCUCAAUCCACACCCACGGCCUGCGUAUUCUACAACUGAGUGAAUCCAUAACCGCCGCAUUCCCACCAGAUGCGACGCGCUCCUCUGACGUCUCGGACUCGCUCUCCGUCGCGACGCCCAUGCCCGUGGCCUUGCAAGCGGACCUGAGCCACUACAAAGAGCUCUUCUCGAAACUGCGCUUUAGCUACCUAGAGCAGGUCACCAAGGAGAAAUUCCUGCGGGCGAUCACCGAAGAUUCGCCGUUGGUGGGGGAGGCGGGUGAAAAUGAGGAGUUGGAGGCAGGGCUUGUAACAGCGAAGGCCGAGUUACGAAGGAGCAAGCGGGAGGUGGAGGGUAUAUUGGCGGAGUUGGAGGGGUUGAGUCGGAGGCUUGCUGAUGAUCACAAGACGGUACUGGACUACAUUUCCAAAGCCACCACCCUCCCAUCACAGACGACAGAGGUGGAAGCCGAGAUAGCGAAACUAGAGAGGGAACAAAACUCCCCCACCUCUCCUUCCUCCUCCUCACUGCCCAAACUCCCACUAUCAGACACACUGACCCUCCUCUCCGCCGAUGAGGCCGAACUAUCCAGGCUUCAGAAGGAACUCGCAGAAGCGGACCUGGCGCUGACGAAGAAGCGGGCGCGCCUAGAAGCGCUGGAGAGCGAGAUCGGGCCGAUGGAGAUGGAUAAGGAGGGGUUGGAAAAGUUUGCUUCCGAGGCGGUUCGGAUGAGGGAUUCUGCGAGGGCUGAGGGGAAGGUUGACAGGGAGAGUAUGGGGAGGUGGUAUAAGGCUGUAUUUGAUGGGUUAGAGGGGGUGUUGGUGAGCCGGUAGAAUAUUCGUGUUAUUAUUAUCACUUUUCCUUCAAAUUGCUGGGUUUUAUAUAGA